AUGCAAAGGAUUGCAGAGCACAGUGACUGCCCAGUGAAGACAUAUUCAAUGACACUAGUGGAGGUUGAAUUAGCCAUAAAGAAUACAAUAUCAGAUAUUCACAGUUACCACCCAGAAUUAGAGAAAAGAAUUGAAGAACUUGGUGAAGUUAUGGGACACCGCACAGAAAGUGAAAAUAUAACCAUAGAGUCAUACUUGGAUCGAAUAUUCGAGAAAAAACUCAUAGAAUUUGGAGAGGAACAAGUGAAGCAAAGAGUCCAGGAAUUCGAUAAUGAAUUAAAGGAGUACUUCAUAAAGGAAGAAAAAAGACUUCUUUCUGUCCCAAGAAGAAAUAUAUUCAGAAUUAGAAAGGAAGAAUUCACAGACAUAAUUAUUGAAGGAUGCAAAGCACUAAAGAGAGGAGAUGUAAUAGGGAGUAGUCUAUUCUCAUCACCCAUGUUGUACGAUGCAUAUUUAUUUGCUAGCUCACAGCAGACACCACUUGAAUUCUUGGCUUACGUCCAUUAUACCCACGCCUUAAAGGGAAAGACAGUAGAUGCAGUUAAAGCAUAUACUAAGCAGAAAUACAGCAGUGGAAUGUACAAGAUAGAAAUGUAUGAGAACAGGGGAAUGUUUGCUGAAUUAUAUCAGUACAUCCGGGCAGGAAUGUACUCAGAUGCAUUGAAAUUCAUUGAAUCCCACAAGAACUUCUUUUCCGUUAUUUCAAAUAAUUUCCAUUCUUCAAUUAUCUCAUGGAUGUGCUCAAUGGGAUUCAUACAUGAAGAGAGAAAAUAUACAAUGGAAUGGGAAGAUGUACCCAGCACAAAAGGUGACCCAUUUAAGCUACUUUUCUACAGAUUAUUCACUGGGAAUACAGAAUGUGUUCAGUCCGUUAUAACGACAAUUGAAGACUUCUUGUGGUACCAUAUUCUUGUCAUGAAAACCAUAACUGCCUGUGGUAUAAAGAAGAGAGCAAAUACGUCUUUGGAAAUAUUUAAGAUGCUGGAGGGUUCUGUCACUGCACCUCGUCUGCUGCAGACUGCACUUAUGCUGAAACAAUGGAAGGAGGCAAUGAGACUCCUGCAAGAUGACACCUUCAAGGCGGGUGAGAUGCUCUUCAUUUCUCAUGCAAUCUCACAGAAGAUUCGAGAAGAAAGUCCCUUUGUAUAUCCAAUUAAAAGAGAGCUGGCUGAUACAAUGCCAGCUGAAUGUACAGAACUAUUCAUUAAGGCCGUGCAAGGUGUCACUUCUCUCUUUUUGAGAGCACAAGAUAAACUGUCUGUUGUGAACCUGGCAGCACCUUUCAUUUCUGCUGAAUGGUUGGAGGAUUUAGUUGCAGAGGUGUUCAUUGCCUCAGAGGACUAUGCUGUCCUUGGGGACGUAGAUGCAUCCGGAAGGAGACAGACACCGACCAUCCAGGAGCACAUUGAUGUUUCGUGGCAAGGGGUGGUGCAAAGAGUGGCUGAGUACUACACCCACAGUGGAGACCUUUUGAAGGCCCUGAAGAUAUCUUAUAUCGCAGGGAGUGCUAAGACCCUGGAAAUCUUAACGGAAAUUCUUGUGCACAAGAUAGAGACAAAGGAGUACACGCAAGAUGACUUAGAGCCAAUCAUAAAGCACUUCAAUAAUGAGCUGAUUAACUUCCUGUGGGAUAUCUUGCUGAUUGGUGCAUCCAGAGAGAAUGCCAUCAACCUCAUACGGCGGGCAGGCUUAGUCCCAGAGAACAACGCAUCAGAUGUCUUAAGAAAGGUCAGGGAAAUUCAGAAUUUAACUCCCCUUAUAAAGAGUGUUAUACCUGCUGCCUUAGUAAUUACAGCACAGCGCCUUGGGGAGUACCCAACCCCAGAGAACCAAGAUCCUGCAAAAGCACUUCUUUUGCUGGCUGGUGCCUUGGAGAUGGACAAAGAAAUAAUGCAUGAUAUUGUCACUAGCAUAGCACAACUCCUAUAA